AUGUCUUCCCAAGCCCAGAGAUCUGCCCGGCUGGCCAAGCUCUUCGAUCAGACCAUCAGCGGAAAACGUACCAUCGCAAAUACAGCUGACCUGAAACGAUUUUUGGAAGCGGUUCAGGAUCAGUCAGAUCCUCCAGCCUGUGUCGAGCGUAUCGUCGCCAGCCAAACCACUCUGACGGCCCUCAGAACUGCCUUGCGCUUCAAUCUCACAGCCGACUUCAUCAAACAGACAACCGCCCCAUUCAUACAGUAUCUGUCGGAUCCAAGGAUCAAGCAGCUUUGCAAUGGACAGUUCCUUCAGCAGUUGCUUAUGGUCUUGAUCGAACCACCGACGUUGUGGAAUGCCUUCUUAGAUGCGCUGAGGGCCUCGAAGCUUGACUCCAGUGCAAUCCAGACUCUUCUUUGGAUGCUGGUUGAGCUUCUUUCGCUUUCAGACCAAAUUCAGAUUGAUGUCCUGGAAGAUUCUCGGAUGGUUCUUGGAAAUGCAACUAUCUUGGGAUCUUCCUCCGUCGAGAUACGCACCUUGGUGCAAAAGAUCGAGAGAAUUCUUCUCGUCAAAUCCUCGGGUGCUCAGACAAAUGCUUCAGGCCAUGUGCCCGGCGGUCGUCACGAUAAUGAUUUUGUGGACUUCCGGCAAAUUGCUAUUCUACCCACCGCACAAGAGUUUCUGUCUUCUGAAAAACCGUUCUAUCGUCAGGCAUCAGAGAUAUCGAAUCUACCAGCAGACGCACGCAUCGACGCCCAUCUAGACAACCAAUUCCGGCUCCUGCGCGAGGAUAUGCUCGUUGAGUUACGCGAAGACCUCCAGAUCGCUCGAGGCAAAAAGAAAGGAAAACGCUCUGCCUUUUUACUUCGAGAGUUGUCGUUGGUGUCGAUCUCUUGCGGUGAUGAAAGGAGAUACAAACCAUGUACCCUUGGAAUUCAGUGUAGAAAAGGUCUAGAGGGACUCAAGCGAUUUGACUCUUCAGCCGAGAAAAAAGCAUUCUUGAAGGACAACCGGAAUUUCCUAAAGCAUCAAGCGUUGGGAUGUCUCGUUUGCAAGAAUGAGAUCGUGGCCUUUGCUACCGUGGACCGUGAUAUCGAUACUCUAGCAUCGAGUCCUCCAGUCGUCAUGCUCCUCAUUGCCGGUCACGAGGCAUUUAAGAAAGCUCUCCUGUACUUCAAAAUGUAUAAGGAUGUUGAGUUCCUUCUAGUGGACACCCCCAUAUUUGCUUAUGAGCCAGUUUUGAAAUGUCUUCAGAGCAUACCAGAUCUUGCUCUCACCGAGGAGCUAUUACUUCACACGAAAAAGGACCAGCUCGCUGAAACGAGGCUUGUCCCGCCUUCAGUUCUGCUAAAGCUAGAAGACGAGGGAAUUGGGAAUCUUCAGAAUAUUUUACAGACAAAAAAGCCCGUCAGACUUGACCCCUCGCAGCUCGAAUCACUGUGCUCAGGAUUGAAGCAGAGGCUGAGUCUCAUCCAGGGCCCUCCUGGCACUGGAAAAUCCUUUAUUGGAGCAUUGCUUGCAAAGGUCCUUCAUGAUCAAACGAAAGAAACGAUUCUAGUCAUGUGUUAUACCAACCAUGCCUUAGAUCAAUUCCUGGAGGAUUUCCUUGACAUUGGCAUUCAGGCGUCAGCAAUAGUACGCCUGGGAUCACAGUGCACACCACGAACUGAAUUCCUACGUCUCCAAGGCCAGACAAGUUCCUACAGACGUUCGACCCAAAGUUGGAAUUCAAUAGACCAACUCAAAACGGAAGCGAGAGAGUUGAAAGAAAAACUUGUCAGUGCCUUCCAGGCAUACCAGUCAUCCAGCGCCAACUGGAAGGCGCUACUUGAAUACCUCGAGUUUGAAGAACCAGAUUUCUAUGAGGCAUUGUCUGUGCCUGAGCAGGAAGAUGGCAUGUCCAUCGCUGGAAAGGAUGGAAAGGCGAUUUCAGUUGACCAUCUCUUCAAUCUCUGGGCGCAAGGUAAAGAUGAAGAAGCCAAGGUAUUUUUAACCCGAAUGUCCAUGGAGGCCCGUCAGGCGUGGGAAAUGGAUGGUCCAAGCCGGCAAGCUCAUAUUCAAAAAUGGAUGCAUUGUCUACUGGAGGAACAUGCGACGAGUCUUUCCAGCAAUUGUCGGGAUUUUAAUCGGUGUCAAGGGUCAGUAGACAGAAUUUGGAACGAGAAUACCCGGGAAAUCCUCAAGUCCAAGCGCAUCAUAGGCUGCACGACAACGGCUGCUGCUAAAUAUACAGAGGAUCUGCGAGCUGUCUCCCCUGGCAUCAUCCUCGUAGAGGAAGCCGGCGAGAUCCUGGAGUCGCACAUUCUCACAGCAAUGUCAUCGGAGACCAAGCAGCUCGUACUCAUCGGUGACCAUCAACAGCUUAGACCAAAGGUAAACAAUUACGGUCUAACAGUUGAAAAGGGCGACGGAUUCGACCUGAACCGAUCCCUUUUUGAGCGUCUGGUCCUAGCCGGUUACCCACACACAACACUGUCGAAGCAGCAUCGCAUGAUUCCAGAGAUAUCAACGCUUGUUCGGCACUUGACCUACCCUGAUCUGCAAGAUGAUGCAAAGACAAUGAACCGGCCUUCAACUCGUGGCCUUCAAGAUCGAGUGAUCUUUUUCCAUCAUGAAAAACCUGAAGCUACCUUCUCUGAUAUUUCUGAUCGGCGUGACGAGGGAGCAAAAGGUAGCAAAUGGAAUGUAUUCGAGGUGGACAUCGUCUUGAAGAUUGUCAAGUAUCUCGGACAACAAGGAUACGGAACAGACAAACUAGUCAUUCUCACGCCUUACCUGGGUCAGCUACAUCUUCUCCGCCAACAGCUACAGAAAGAAAAUGACCCUUGGCUCAAUGACUUGGAUUCUCACGACUUGGUCAAGGCUGGUCUUCUCUCCCAGGCAAGUGCAAGAUAUAACAACCGACGUAUUCGCAUUUCCACCAUUGAUAACUACCAAGGAGAAGAAAGUGAUAUAGUCAUCGCAUCCCUCACUCGGAGCAAUGCGGACGGUGAUAUUGGUUUCAUGGCGGCCCCUCAAAGAUUGAACGUUUUGCUAUCCCGUGCAAGGAAUACUUUGAUUAUGGUAGGAAACAUUAACACAUUCACGAAAAGCAAGAAGGGGAAGACGGCCUGGGUCCCUUUUGUCAAUCUUAUAAACGCCAAUGGCCACCUAUAUGACGGCCUCCCCGUCAAGUGCGAGCAGCAUCCGCACAAAACAGCUGUUCUAAAGACAAAGGAAGAUUUCGAUAUCGAGUGUCCGGAUGGCGGGUGUGCCGAGCCUUGUGGUGUGAAACUCAGUUGCGGCAUCCACGAGUGCCCCUCCAAAUGCCACCAAUUAUCCGAUCAUUCCAAGAUGCCAUGUUAUAAGAUUGUAGAGUGGGAAUGCCCCCGGAACCACCGCGUCUCGCAAGCUUGUGUGAAUGCCAAAGGGAACUGCACCAAAUGCCAAAAAGAAGAUUUGGCUCAGGAAAGGAAGCGGCAGCGGGACACAGCGCUCGACAUCGAGCGGCAACGGCGCCAAAGAGAGUAUGAAAUCAAACUUGCAGAGUUACAGGAUGAGAUUGAACAUGAGCGUCGAUUGCAAAAGGACAAGCGCGAACGGGAAGAUCAGACGAAUGUUCUCAACCAGUUGCAACAAGAUCUAGCCUCGCUAAAGAUCAGAGAUCUUCCGCUUCCCCCUUCGCCAGAUCGGCCAAGCAAAUCGACGACAGUCAGCAGCCCUAAAACUCCAGAGAGCCCUGCUGCAAGACCCAAGGAUCAAAGUGUUGUCCAGAAGGCAAAGCCAAAACAACAAGUCUCUGCCGCCAAAGAAGAGUGGGAAUGGCAGAAGAAAUACGUGAACGCUCAGAGCCCCGAGAUCGAUACUUUGAUGGACAUGAUCGGGCUAGAAGAAGUCAAAAGCAAGUUUCUCGGCGUCAAAUUACAGGUAGACACUACCAUUCGCCAGAAAGUGGACAUCAAAACCGAACGGUUCGGCUCUGUGUUUCUUGGGAACCCAGGGACAGGCAAAACGACCGUCGCACGGCUCUAUGCCAAGUUUCUUGCUUCUGUAGGUGUUCUUCCCGGCAACUUCUUUGUGGAAACGACAGGCUCGCGCCUGGCAAAUGAUGGAGUUACCGGGUGCCAGAAGACCCUGGACACUAUUCUGAACAAUGGAGGCGGUGCACUCUUCAUCGACGAGGCGUAUCAGCUGGUUCAAGGUCAAAAUUCCGGAGGCACCCAGGUCUUGAACUUCCUUCUCGCCGAAGUCGAGAACCUGACGGGGAAGAUUGUUUUUAUCUUGGCAGGAUAUCAACGCCAGAUGGAGGAAUUCUUCAGCCACAACCCCGGAUUACCAAGUCGAUUUCCCCACGAGCUCAAGUUCCACGACUAUACCGACAAUGAGCUUCUGCAGAUCCUCGAGUACGGAAUUAACAAGAGGUACCAGGGUCGCAUGAAAGCCGAAGAUGGUAUGGGUGGGCUGUAUUGUCGCAUCGUUGCCCGUCGGAUUGGACGUGGACGCGGCCGCGAGGGGUUUGGAAAUGCCCGUGCUGUUGAGAAUACACGGGCACGCAUUUCUGAGCGUCAGGCAAAACGCCUUGCCCUUGAAAGGAGGACCAAAGGUGGCUCCGUUGAUGACCUCCUCUUCACCAAAGAAGACCUUAUCGGCCCGGAGCCAUCACAGGCACUUGAAGACUGCUCAGCUUGGGAGAAGCUUCAGUCAAUGAUUGGUCUAGACGCCGUGAAGAAGACAAUCAAGGCCCUGUUAGACAGCAUUCAGUUCAACUACCAGCGGGAACUGGAAGAAAAGCCGCCGGUAGAGUUCACGUUGAAUCGUGUCUUUCUAGGCUCUCCUGGGACGGGAAAAACCACUGUGGCCAAACUGUAUGGCGAGAUUUUGGUAGAUCUAGGUCUGCUGUCCAAUGGCGAAGUGAUUGUAAAAAACCCGGCUGAUUUCGUUGGUGCUUACCUUGGACAAUCAGAGAAGACCACGAAGGGGAUCCUGGCAUCGACAGUCGGGAAAGUUCUCGUCAUUGACGAGGCGUAUGGGCUAAAUGGUGACAGAAAUGGCAAUGGUUCUGGGGCUGAUUCGUUCAAGACUGCUGUCAUCGACACGAUCGUCGCUGAAGUCCAAAGCACCCCGGGAGACGACCGAUGCGUUCUUCUCUUAGGCUAUAAGGACGAGAUGGAAGCGAUGUUCCAGAAGGUCAACCCUGGAUUAACGAGACGGUUCCCUCUUGAUCAAGCGUUUAACUUUGAGGAUUUCAACGAGGGUGAGCUUGGACAAAUCUUCGACCUCAAGUUGAAGCAGCAGGGCUUCGAUACUACUCCGCGCGGCCGCAAAGUUGCCCUUGAGAUUCUUGAACGAGCCCGGAAUCGGCCAAAUUUCGGCAAUGCCGGGGAGAUUGACAUCAUGCUGAAUGGUGCGAAAGUUCGUCAUCAGCAGCGGCUCUCGUCUACCAAGCGUUCAUUGAACCAGUCGACAUCGACACUGGAGCCACAAGACCUUGAUCCGGAUUUUGACAGGGGAGAACGUGCAGAUACUAACAUUCCAAAGUUGUUUGAAGGCGUUGUCGGGUGCGAAGAGAUAGUCAAACAGCUUGAAGGCUACAGACGGACUGUCAAGCACAUGAGGGAGUUGGAAAUGGAUCCUCGCGAGCAGAUUCCGUUCAACUUUCUCUUUCGUGGACCUCCUGGAACGGGUAAAACAAGCACUGCCCGAAAAAUGGGGAAAGUCUACUAUGAUAUGGGCUUUUUGGCGGCUGCCGAGGUUGUCGAGGCGUCCGCGACUGACCUUGUUGGGCAAUAUAUCGGCCAUACGGGCCCCAAGACGCAGAAGCUGCUUGAAAAGGCAAUGGGUAAAAUCCUUUUCAUAGACGAAGCCUACCGUCUUGGGGAAGGCCAAUUUGCCAAGGAGGCAAUGGAUGAGAUAGUGGACUGUAUCACAAAGCCCAAGUUCUACCAGAAGCUCAUUAUCAUCCUUGCGGGCUACGAUGCAGACAUCAACAGACUGAUGGAUACGAACCCUGGCCUGACAAGCCGUUUUCCCGAAUCGAUCCAGUUCCCCAGCUUGUCUCCGAACGACUGCAUCUCGCUACUGACCCAGCUCCUGCAAGAAAAGAAGUCCAAGGUGAAGAAGAAGGGUUCCUUCUGCCUCGACGUACUGGAGCAACCCCGCGAGGAGUUCAUUGACAGCUUACGGGAUCGUUUUCUCACCCUGUCGAAAAUCACCAAUUGGGCGAAUGCACGCGAUGUGCAGACGUUGGCCAAAGGUGCCUUUGGACGCGCUCUCCAGAACUCACCCCCCGGUAGGCUCCGCAUGGAGGAGAGCAUCAUCUUGCUAGAGAUAGACACACUACUCAAUGAACGACAAGACCGGCAGACGGCACUCAACCCCAUCGGACAAUUCUUACGCAGCAAUCCCCUCCCUGCUGCUACCGACGACCUAUCCUCGCAGAGUCAGAAUGUCAGCACCGGAAGCUCGACCCAGGAUAACCCGCCUCCGGCUCAAGGGCCGCCACCCGAGCAAGAAUCGAAUGCGAACGAUACUAAAAACAUCACAGACUCUAGAACCGCGAAUCCCACGGAGCCCCGAGACGCGGGUGUGUCGGAUGAAGUGUACGAUCAGCUACAACGGGACAAAGCGGCGGCGGAGGCCCGGGAGAAAGCGUACGCGCAACUUGUUGAAGAAGACCGGGCAGCAAAAGCAGAGAUGGAGCGAGUGCGGCAGGAGGAACUGGAAGCGAUCAAGGCUGUGGAAGACGCUCAAAGACAGCAGGACGAGGAGGCCAAGAAAAAGCUUGAGAAGGAGCGGAUCGAGCGUGAAUUGGCUCGGCGGAAACAAGAGGAAGAACUCGAACGGAUCCGUCGGAAACGCGAGGAAAUGGAGCAGAAGCGUCUACAGGAUCAAAAGGCCCGGGCCAAGUUGCGACAGAUGGGGGUCUGCUCGGGAGGAUAUAACUGGGUCAAACAGAGCGACGGAUACCGGUGUGCUGGGGGGAUUUGUUUCGUUUCCAACGCGCAGUUGAAUUUGUUUUGA